AUGCAACUUCAACCUCCAGCCUACGAAAGUCUUGUGGCUACAGAUAUGACAGGAGAUGAGAAUCUGGAUGUUGUCGAGCAGGGAAUACAUCCUGUAAAACGUAGACCAUUCAGUAAAUCUCUUCGUAGUCGAUUAAAUCAUAUUGUUAGUAUGUAUAUACCUGGAAAUAAUCCUGUAGAGAAUAGAUUGGAUGGAAAUGAUGAAUCUGCAGAUCAUGCAGGAUUAUUAUCCUCUAAUGAACUAAAAGUGGAUUUUAGCUUAACUAAAGACAAUGAUAUAUAUGAUAUUAAAUUACUUUAUUCAAGCGAAAAGAUAAUUCAAAGUAUUAUGGAGAAUGUCAAGCUGUCAGACAAAUAUUCUAUCGAAAAACGAUACCCAAGUCAAAAAUCUGGUGGCAAUAGUAUUUUCAAAGGUUAUGUCCAUUUGCAUACCCCUGGGAUAGGAAAUAUUUUCCCGGUUGAAUUAUGCAGCCAUUCCGCCAAACCUGAUCAUACUGUUCUUUAUGUUGUUGGAACUGUACAAAAAUCUGAGAGUGUCACUGCAAAACAAAAUUGGAUUUUAGCAAAAUUUGAUACAUCUGGUCAACUGCUUGCACGUAGUCGUGUUUAUCCAUAUCAACGAUAUUCUGGUUUAUCAGUGGAUACUAAUGAUGGCCAGUUGUUACUUGCUUGUCCAUCUAUCAAUGAAUCUGGAUCACCUUAUAACAACACCACCACCAACAAUUGCAAUGAUUCCCCUGGACAAAUAUGCAAAUUAACACCAGGUUUUGAGCGUCGAAUCUUUUCUAUUACAAUGGGUAAAGAAUCUGUAUUCUAUAAACCAAAUUAUGUAACACAAGAAACAGCUGGUCAUUGUUGUUGGGCGUCUGUUGAACGUUUUGCUCAAGGUAAAGAAAAUACAGAAAACCAGCAUCAACCAACAAGACGUCUUCUAGCCUUCCCUGGACGUCAACCUAAUGGUGAAGUGAAACAAAGUGCAAGAGAUUGGUUACACACUUAUUCAUGGGAUUUUGCUGAUCUUAAACCAGGCAGAAUAACUGCAUUCGAUGCUGAUCGUCUGUUGGUAAUUGAUUCUGAAACUGGUACAUUGUCUUAUAUCACUUGGCCAAGUGAUCAAGAGAAACCAAGUCUAUAUCGUAUUACACGUCCUUCAUCCAAACCUAUACGUUUGUUGUAUUCAGUUUAUAAUAACAGUCAAGUUGGUUUGUCUGAUGCGCAAACGAAGGUGGCCUAUUUUGUCGCUGGUUCAAGUAUAUUUUCAUUUUCGUUUCGUCAUAAUGCCUCCUCAUCAGCUGUUUCAACCAAUAAUAAUAUUAAUACAGGUGAUAAUGCUAACACUAAACAAAUAAACUAG